AUGGUAAAGGAGUACAAAUCUCCACCACCACCACCACCCUCAACAACUAAAACAACAACCACCACCUCAACAACAUCUUUAUCACCACCAAUAACUUCUCCAAGUGCAGUUUCACCUUUAAUUCCAACCAUUCCAACAUUAUCAUCAUCAUCAUCCAAGCCAAUACAAUUCAACUAUAACAAAUUGUCGGCUGAUACAUCAGCAACAAGUAAUAAUAAUAAUACAUAUGAUAAAGAUUUCAAAAUGGAUAUUGAUUCUCAAUCUACUUUGGCACAUGUGUUUCCUUCACCCAAGUCAUCAAUGGCAUCAUCUUCACAAUCUAGCACUACCAUUCAUUCAACAGCAUCCACUACAAACAGUGACAGCAGUACUCAUUAUUACAAUGAUAGUGAUGAAGAAUUCAAUUUAUUGGAUUACUACCAGUAUUGUCUUGAGAAUAAAUUGGAAGAUCAGGCUUUUACAACACCAUCAAAGUCAACACUACAAAAGAAUUGUGAGAGUUUUUUGCCAGAUAUAUCCUUUGAACUGGAGAGGUCGUCUUUUUCCAAUAGUGGCUCUCUCUAUAUUCCACCACCACCACCUAUUCCCGAGAAAACUUCUAAAUUUGCAUUUUGUAUUCCCAAUUCAUCAUCAUCAUCAACAAAAUCAUUGAUAUUACCCACAUCCUCAUUGUCAGCACCAUCAUCAUCUAAUCCCCCACCAUCUACAACAUCACCCCCACCAUCUACAACAUCACCAACAACAACCAUUUCAUCUACAAAACCACAAUCAUCCAAUACCUUACCAAAACUAUUAAAACUCAAACCAUCAGCAACAACAAAAUCAUUGAUAUUACCAACAUCUUCUUUAUCAGCACCAUCACCAAUCUCUAAUUCUUUAUCAGCACCAUCAUCAUCUUCUAAUUCUUUAUCAGCACCAUCACCAACCUCUAAUUUUUUAUCAGCACCAUCAUCAUCUUCUAAUUCUUUAUCAGCACCAUCAUCAUCUAAUCCCUCACCAUCAACAUCUAAUCCCCCACCAUCUACAACAUCACCAACAACAACCAUUUCAUCUACAAAACCACAAUCAUCCAAUACCUUACCAAAACUAUUAAAACUCAAACCAUCAGCAACAACAAAAUCAUUGAUAUUACCAACAUCUUCUUUAUCAGCACCAUCACCAAUCUCUAAUUUUUUAUCAGCACCAUCACCAACCUCUAAUCCAUCACCAUCUACAACAUCUACAACAACAAUAUCCACUACCGAUAGUAGCCGUAGUAGAAUUGAAACAUACAAUCAUGUCGACAAGCGACCAAGAACGACGAAUUAUAUUUUCCAGGGAGGUAGAUUCGUCAAGGAAAGAGACGAAUAUAGCCUUCAGUCCAAUAACAACUCCACGGCUUUAGAAAUGGAAAUGGAUAUAGAUUAUCCUUCAACAACAACAACAACAACAACGACAACAACAACAACAACAACUACUACAACAACUCCUAAUAAUAAUAAUAUUAAUAAUAAAUAUAUAUUUGGAAUCGAUUGCGGAAGAUCAUCACAUGUAUCCAUCGAUGAACACGGUAAAACUCACUCAUUCUCUGUCCAUGAACAUUAUCUUAACUUAAGAAGUCGUUUCAACUCGGAAGCUCAAAAGAAAAUGUUGGGUCCAGCCAUGUUAAAGUUUGAAAGUCUAAUUCCACCUAGUAAGAAUAUCAAUGAUAUCUGUUUGGAUAGAUCACUGAUUAGUAACAGGAUUAGUUAUCUUAGAUUACACCCAACAACAACAAAAAACUAUGUCAACAUUAGAUUAGAUGAGUACAACCUAAUAAUGAAGAAGAAUAACUACUACAAUAAGCUCUUUAUUGGUUCUGCCAAGUUCAGCCACAACAGUCGUGGCCAAUCUUCUUUCAUUUCUUCAGCCACUCUCUACAAGUGGGUGAAGAAAAAAAAACAUAAAGCAUUGUGGAUCAAUGAAUGCUACACCUCAAAAGUUCAUAAUGCAUGUUGGAACAAGACGGAAAAGGAAAUUCUUGCUAAACUUAACAACAAAGUUAGCAAUAUGAAAGAUCCUCCGCCAUGUGCUCUUUCAAGUGGACCAUACUCCAAAUCAGUUAGCAUCGAUAGAAAUCAAGUAGCUGAGUGUCACAAGCAACUAUCAACACUACACCAGACAGUCACAGGAUACAUAGAUGGUACGAAUAAAGUCAAUAGUUCUACUAAUAAAAGUAAUGAACGAUUUGACUAUAUGAAACACCACUCUUUGUAUUCCAAUCAAAUGUCUGGAAACAAUGUAAAUGUUGAUGGCUUGGCUAAGGAUCAUCCGAUCCUGAAAGUAUUCCAAGAGAAAAAAUGGAAAAGGCCACUCUGUCGCUGCUGUGGUCACUUCUACCACCGGGAUAAGAACGCUGCUAGAAACAUCUUACUUCUUGGAAUUUUACAUUCUAACAACAAUUUCAUAUCUCACUUAAACUAA